UCACAAGUUUUCCCCAUGUUCCCCCAGCCGCCCAGAGCCUGAGAACAGCAGCAGUGACCGGGGCCCCGGGGAGUCGCCUCCAUCACUGCCCGCCCGGUGUCAUCUCUAUCAGGACAGCGGCAGCACCAGGACCAGACACCGGGACCAGACGCGGAGGACACAGUUCCUUCCAGCAUCCCAUAGAGACUGUAUGUGCCCGGGAGGUGGAGGCUGCGCGUCCUCUAUGCGGUGACCUGCAUGCACUGCUCGGGGCCUGGCAGGACGUACACUGUGGAUACUGGAUGACACCCGCUUCUUCCUGACCCCCCAGCUCCGUCUUCUCUCCUCAGUGCCCGGCAGGGAGGCUGGCUGACUUGGCCUCCACUAGGAGGUUGCAGAACCAUGCAAGCGCGCUACUCAGUGUCCAGCCCCAACUCCCUGGGUGUCGUGCCAUAUCUCGGAGGGGAUCAAAGUUACUACAGGGCGGCAGCAGCUGCGGCAGCAGCUGGCGGAGGCUACACCGGCAUGCCUGCCCCCAUGAGCAUGUACUCCCACCCAGCCCAUGAACAGUACCAGGCCGGCAUGGCCAGAGCCUAUGGGCCUUAUACCCCUCAGCCUCAACCUAAGGACAUGGUGAAGCCCCCCUAUAGCUACAUCGCCCUCAUCACUAUGGCCAUUCAGAACGCCCCCGACAAGAAGAUCACCCUGAAUGGCAUCUACCAGUUCAUCAUGGAGAGGUUUCCCUUCUACAGAGACAACAAGCAGGGCUGGCAGAACAGCAUCAGGCACAAUCUGUCCCUCAAUGAAUGUUUUGUUAAGGUGCCCAGGGAUGACAAGAAACCUGGCAAGGGCAGCUACUGGACCCUGGACCCCGACUCUUACAACAUGUUUGAGAACGGCAGCUUCUUGAGGAGGAGGCGCAGGUUCAAGAAGAAAGAUGUCGUGAAAGAUGCCACCAAGGAGGAGAAGGACCGACCCCUGAAGGAGCACCAUCUCUCCCAGACCCCCAGCUGCCAGCAGUCUCAGCAGCGCCAGGCCCAGGCGGAGCAGGACAGCGGGGCCCAGCCCGUGCGGAUCCAGGAUAUAAAGACCGAGAACGGUACCUCGUCUCCUCCGCAGGGCAUGUCUCCUGCCCUCAACACCGUGCCCAAGAUCGAGAGCCCCGACAGCAGCAGCAGCAUGUCCAGCGGCAGCCCGCACAGCAUCCCAUCCAGCCGGUCCCUGAGCCUGGACACAGCCGAGUCCCACCACCCGCACCAGCACCACAGCCAGGGCUUCAGCGUGGACAACAUCAUGACCUCCCUCCGGGGGUCUCCGCAGGCCACGGGAGAGCUGGCCACCAGUCUGAUCGCCUCUUCCAGGACGGGGAUAGCCCCUUCUCUAUCGCUCAGCUACUCUCCGGGCCAGGGCUCUAUCUACAGCUCGCCUUGUAGUCAAAGCACCAGUGGGGCCAGUUCUGCAGGGACCUAUCAUUGUAACAUGCAAGCCAUGAGCCUGUACUCUGGGGACAGGUCUGGACAUCUGACCUCAGCCGGGACCCCGGCGGCCACCACGGUGGAAGAGACAUUGCCCGAUUAUUCCAUUAGCACCACCACCACGUCUGCUCUGAGCCACGGACAGGAGCACCCUCACCAGAGCAGGCUCCCUUCAUGGUACUUGAAUCAGUCGGGGGAUUUAGGCCACUUGGCUGGGGCCACCUACCCGGGACAGCAGCAGAACUUCCACUCUGUGCGAGAGAUGUUCGAGUCGCAGAGAAUUGGCCUGAACAGCUCCCCUGUGAAUGGGAACAGCAGCUGUCAGAUGUCCUUCCCCUCCAGCCAGUCUCUGUACCGCACAUCAGGGGCAUUUGUGUAUGACUGCAGCAAGUUCUGACCACCCAGCAUGUGCCCAUCUAUGCCCUGAAUGCCACCUUGGCAAGAACUCUGUAAAGACCCCAUUAGUUUGUACAGACUGCCAGGUUUGUAGAGGGACACCACGUAAGUGCCUGCUCUUUCCACAGGUUGUUUUGUAAGGUAUCUUAUUUUCCUAUGUUACAGAGCAUAUAUAUAUGGCGAGCUUUCUAUAUGGACAUGUAUAUUGCAAUAUAGUAAUUUAUUUUUUAAUGUCUACGUGGAUAAUGAGGACCAAACCAGCCAGUGUUGUCCAUCUGCUUGUGUGAACAUUGGAGUUUUCUUUACGACAAAAGGGAAUUGUACCCGUCUAUGUUACCGGUUUGUUUUCUUCUGAAGGCAUAGUAGUAUUGUUUGUUUCCUAAUA